AGAGACUGUAACUGCAGGGAAUGCAGUUCUCUUCCCACUCCACUCCUAUCGUUUGAGCUUGUGCUGUGACAGCCUCUAUUUUAAUACGUGCCUCAGCUGAAUGGAUUGAAAACCAGGGUGAACAUAUCAAAAGUACAUUGCUGCUAUGAUCAAAGAAGUGAAAGGUUCAGUUGAUGGUGGAGGAUGGCUCCUCUCCCAGGGGUAGACUUGGUGAAGACCCCUUUACAGCUGUACCGCUACCUGCUCCGUUGCUGCAGGGUCCUUCCUGAAAAAAACCUCCAGGAUCAUUACAAGCACACAAUCCGACAGAGUUUCAAAGUUCAUGCUGAUGAAGACAGUCCUGAGAGGAUCCAGCAAAUUAUCAAAAGGGCCAUCCAAGAUGCCGACUGGGUGAUGGACAAAAGUCUCAAUAUUCUUUUUUAUAUCGUAGCGACCAAAACUUGAUGCAAUAUUCCAAGUGUGGUCUUACCAAGGCUUUCUGAAAUGGCACUAACACUCCACUGGAUCUUGAAGUGUUACUCCUUUUGACUCUUUUGACCCUCCUCUGCAAACAUUUUUGUCAGAAAAGCUAAAACUUUGAUUGGGAGCAGUAAAGGAUGCUGAGAACCACAGAGAUCUUUUUUAGAUGUCUUCAAAAGAAAUGGAAAAGAAAAGAAUGCGUAUCCCACAACUGGAAGAAAAUGGCAAAAUAUAACAAGUACAGAAAUUAAGAAAAGGCAGAGCUACUCAACUUCUUUGCAGUUCAGCCUUCAUGACAAAGUACAGCGAGACCUUGAUUCAGAGGGACCUUGAUGCGAGGGACUCUGCAGCUAUUCAACCAAAUUUCAGUAGCAAUUUCUCUCAUUUGCGUCAUGAUUUGCAUAAUAUGCAUGCCAUUAUACAAAUGGCAUCCUCUUGCAUCAAUUCAUGAUAUGUGUCUAACGUUGCAUAAAUCACCUACUUUGACGCGAAUGCUAUAAUUUGGGAUGAUGUGGUCUCUACAAAGAGUGUGAUUGCCACAAUAAUGUACUUUAUAUUUCAUGGACAUUUAUGAAUAAAGACAUUUCCUCCCUCAGUGAGUGUGUUAAAAUAAGGUUGCUCUCUGUGUGUUCCACCAGGAAACUGUGAAGAAGCGAGAUUGAACACUGAGGCUGACAGAAAUAUCACCAGGAAAUAUCUAUUUACUUUACUUUAGAUGCUUAUGGCCAAAUAAAUAACAUUAUGGUGUAGUCAGAAAGCUUGGUAGUGGCCUAGCUGAAUUUUUAUCUUUAAUAACAUCCUGGAAAAGUUGUAAAGUUUCCAGUUAUUGCAGAACUAUAGAGCAGUUCAACUGUCAGGCACUGAUGCCCACAUAUAUAUUAAAAAGAGAUGAAUGGGCAAGCCCUUUGAAACCAGUGUGGUAAUAAUUUCAUAUUACCUGAAAUUAUGUAAUUUAAUAAUCUAUUAUUAAAUAGAUUACACCAUUAAAACUUUCCUGUCUGUUUGACUGUUUGUAACUUUCAAUUAGCUGAAGCAGUGCAUCAUAAGGCAACAAUUUUUGAAUCAAGGCAUCUCAAAGAAUGUGUACAAAAUCCAGGGCCUGUGACUCCUGUGGAAUUUAAAUAUCAAAGAUUUUCAGACCAAUUGUGUUUGCAAACUUGUGGCUGCUGCAGCCUCACCACAGUCAGCCACAGUCAUAUGAUUGUGAUUUCCAACACACCCUGCUAGCUUCCCACAAGCAACGUCAAUGGGGAAGCUGGCAGGAAAUCGGAAGUCAUUCCUGCUUCCAUUGAUGUUUUGCCCACCCAUGGUCAUUCCUUUUCACUGUUUAGAUAAGGAAAUAUCUCUGAAAGGAUGAUCCAGUGUGCGAUAGUGGCGGAUAUCUGUGGCUCGGGUAGAGGAUGAGGGUGGAGGUACAUUCUCAAAGAUUGUGGGUUGGUUUCCAAAUGUUUCAUUACCAGGCUAGGUAACAUCUCCAUUGGAAUUUAGGGGCUGUCAGUGUCGGUGCUCUUCUGUUUUGUGUGGUCAGUAGGUCUUGUAAUGGUGAGGUCUUAUCAGGUCAGUGUCACAUCAGGUCAGGGUCUUGUGAUGGGUCAGGUAUGGUUUGUGUCAAAUGAGGGUCUUGUGAUGGGUCUUGUGAUGGGUCACAAGUGAGAGUCUUGUGAUGGGUCUUGUAAUGGGGAGGUCACAUUAGGAAAGGGUCAUUGGGAGAUGAAGUACUGGUGGGAGGGGUUGUGUGGGUCGGUUGCGGGUCAGGGCUGUUUUCAAUGCUGCUAACAUCGGAUGUUCUUGCUUUGACAACAGAUGGAAAUGCAGCCAUUUUUCUCUA